AUGGCACAGCUGGCGGUGCCGCCGGCCAGCCAGCAGCGGCCCUCGCUCAGCAAGCGGCGCCGUCUGAACGCGCUGCUCGACAAGCUGACCAUCGGCCUCGGUCCUCGCGCGCUCUCCUCGGACGUGUUCCGGUUCGACAGCCUGGACCGCGAGCGAUUCGCGUGCCGCGCCAUCUCAGAGGAGGAGGAGGACGUAUUCUCACCGGCGUCCUCCCGCUCGCCGCACUCCUCCAUCGACAGUCCGUUUGUCGGCCACGGCUCGCCGUUGCCCGGACUCAGCCCGCUGCGUGUGAAGGAGGAGCCAGACAGCGAGGCGAAACACGAACCCCAUGCGCCGACGGUCGGGCCGCCGCCGCGGUUGCAGGUGGUCACGUGCGAGCGCGAUGCCGGCGCGCCGCGCAAGCCGCCGCCACACCGGCUCAACUUUUGCGCGUGCGCGCACCCGGCGGCGUCCGGCUCGCUCUCGCAGUCGCCACUGCCGCUCGAGUACCUGUCGCAGCUGAGCGAGCUGUACCGGCGCCGCAGCCACUCCGACUCGGACCUGAGCGCCUGGCUGGAGGCGCCGGCGCCGUCGGGCUCGCUCGAGUCGGACCAGUCGUCGCCGCAGGACUCACCGCUCGACCUGUCGCUGCGCGCACCGCCGCCAGGCGGCGCGCCGGGCGCCGGCGCGCUGCCCGGUUGGGAAGCGGCGCUGCGGCUAGCGCCACACCGUCUGCUCGGACUGCCCGGCUCCGGCCUGCACCCGCCCAUACCGAUCGUCCGCGGUGAUGUGGCCUCGCCGACGACGCGUGACUCGGUGGCGCUGCGCUACAACCUGGAGGUGUGCCCCGUGGUGGAGGAGAUGCCGCCGGGCACGGACGUGGCCUACGUGUGUCCCGUGUGCGGACAGAUGUUCUCGCUGCACGACCGGCUGGCCAAGCACAUGGCGUCGCGCCACAAGAGCAAGCCCGCCGACACCGCCUCUAAGGCGUACGUGUGCGAUACGUGCAAGCGCUCGUUCGCACGCAGCGACAUGCUGACGCGCCACAUGCGGCUGCACACGGGCCUCAAGCCGUACACGUGCCGCGCUUGCGGCCAGGUGUUCUCGCGCUCCGAUCACCUGUCGACGCACCAGCGAACGCACACCGGCGAGAAGCCGUACAAGUGCCCGCAGUGUCCGUACGCGGCGUGCCGGCGCGACAUGAUCACGCGCCACAUGCGCACGCACGCGCGCUACGAGCUGGGCGAGGGCGGCGGCGGCGGCGGCAGCGUGGACGAGGCGGCGCCGCCGCGCUCCCCGCGCGCACCGCCGCGCCGCGCCAACUCGGAGGAGCAGCCGCCCACCUACCUCCGCCACCUGCCGUCGCUGUCGGUGCAGAGCCCGGCGCCGAUGGAGACGGGCGAGCCGCCGGGCCUGGCGUGA